AUGGCCGACGACGCGGUUGGACCUGGCCCAGCACCGCCGGUGGAGCGCAGCAAUUUCGAGCCAGAGAUUGUUGGUGGUGGUGCGUGGUCGAGCAAGGCCUCGAGAGCCUCUCAGCAGCCGCCGCCGGACGAGAAGCCGGCCUCUUUCGUCCGCGGCCAUCAGCGCAAAGCUGCAAAAUCGCCGGGUGUUGCGAAUGACGAUCGGCGGGCAGAGUCGCCGACGCAGUGGGAGGACGUUGAGGAGGCACGAGCGACGCGAGUCAGGAGGGCCAGCGCACGCAGAACCGCAUCUGGCACGCGCACCUCGUCUUCAGCCCAGCAGACGUCGCUCACCUCGUCUCGUGGAAGAGCGGAUCUGGAGCCAGCACCCUCGGUGCCCCGCAGCACUCCAUCGUCGUCGUCUGUUCGCGGCUGCAGGCGUCCGGGCUUCUCUGCCGGCGCGUCCACGCCGCCGGCGGAAGCAGACGGGGACAGACACUACUACAUCAGGUCCACCGCCGCCCAACAUCGGGACCGCGCCAGCCCGCAGCCCUCUCACCGGUCAGGGUCUGGCGUUGACCUCGGCGCGAACCCUCAAUCACGCCGCCAUCUUAGACAUAAACACAGCUCCUUGCAUCGCCGUGCCGACGCCCUCGCCCAGCUCUCCAGCCCUUCGCUGCUCUCCGUCUUCUCCAGCUUGACCAGCUUGACUCACUCGUCCAGCGGGAGCAACUCCACCGUCACGCAAAAGUCGUACGACAGGUCCCAGGGCAUCAGGAAGCGCAAGCAUUCGUCCAAACACCGCGGCGACAGCGGCCACAGAGGAACCUCCUCCAAGCGCUCGGAGAGUCGAGGCUCCGCAAAGUUAGGCGAACGCCCUCAGCGGAGACGACGUCGAUCGAGUCAGCCGCCCGCUGCCGCCCGCCAGCCCGCGGAGCCGGGUCCGUCGAUAUUGUCCUGCGCCGAGACCUCUUCUCUGGAAGCAAAUUGCUGCCCCGCUACCGACCCCCGGAAGCCAUUCGCCGGUGAUCGUGAUCGCGUGAACUCGGACUCCGGCAUUUCCGUGCGGGACAGUAGCCCCGAGAGGGGAGAUUGUAUGGACGGCAAAUCCGCCGGGAUGCCGUGGGGCCCGUACGAAGAUGACUGUGAUGAAGAGGAUAGGCAGAGGCAAUUUGAAAUCGACAGGCUCACCCAGGAGUUGCAAGCACGGGACCCCCAGGUGGGGGGCGGUGGCGACCGCGUGCUCGAGAAGCAGAUGGCGCAGGAGGAGCAGCUUCGACGGUACAUGAUGCGGAGCCCGAUGCACCACCACGCGCGGGACGAACCGCGUUAUUCCCACAAUGACGACGCCGACUCGCCUCGUGGUCCAACGGUUUUCCCCUAUUAUUACUACAACAACUCACAGCCACAGCCCGGGCCGUAUUGGGCCCGUUCGGAUCCACCCCCUCCGCCCGUACCUCACGCGCCGGCCCACGAUCCGGGCUAUCAUGCAGCGCAGCCGUACGGGAACUUCCAGCCGCCGCCAUCCCCACACGGCCGCGGCAGCCGGCAGCUGCAAGCUGGCCUACCGGACCUCACCAAGACGACGAUUACGGGGUACGAAAGGCUUGCCUUCGCGCUCGCCGAGACGAGCACGUGGCACGACGGUGAAGAAAGCGGAGCGGCCGGGCCAAGGCCCUUGUACCGCCGCUUCGAGUAUCUCAACCAUCGGAUACUGCUCCACAUACAGGAUGAAUUGGCCGAGCUCGAAGAAAAGCUCCGCGGGCUGGACGAGUGUAUUGCCCAACAGCAGGCCCAUGCUGUGGACGAAGUAGGCAAAGCGCUGCCUGCCUCGCGACGUUACGAUAGUCGAUAUGGGACCGAUCUGCACCAGCGACGCACGUUACUGCUGGGGGAGAUCUACUGCAAGUUGGGCCAGUACAGCAACGCGAUUCACUCGUUCGGAAAGAUGCUGAGCGUCUUGGAGCCCGCUAGAGCAGACGAUGUCUCCGCCUACGAGUCGUGGAUCCGCGAGCACGCGCCAAUAGACGAGAACGAGACGCGUUUCCUCACGCGUCAAGCCGACCUGAUGAGCCUCCAUCGACGUCACAAGCGGCAGGAGCGGCCGCAUGAAGUGAUUUUCUCAGGCGACCAGGUGCUCCAGACGGCGCUGUUGGCGCUGCUGCUCUUUUUAGUGCUGCCCCUAAUCGCCUUUCCCCAGAUUCCCAGCGUCGGCGGGCGGUUGUUCAUCCUGACAAUCAUCGGCGCGGCCGAGGUAGCAAUGGUCUCGUCAACAAGAUUUUCGCAUCUGAUGUCGGGAAAGGAAUGGAGGAUCUGUGGCAUCGCGUACUUUGCUCUUAUGGCAGUGAUCGCAGGCGUCGUUUGA